UAACGCCGACUCCCUUUUGCGUGAAGGUUUACUUGCGGUGACUCGGUUACGUCCGCUGUCCACAACUUCAUUCCACCGGUUCGCUUACUAUGUCUGGUCGGGUCCUCGUCGGAGUCAAGCGGGUGAUUGACUAUGCAGUUAAGAUCCGGGUGAAGCCGGACAAGAGCGGCGUGGUGACCGAUGGCGUGAAACACUCAAUGAACCCUUUUUGCGAGAUCGCUGUUGAGGAGGCGGUCAAGCUGAAGGAGAAGAAGCUCAUUAAGGAAGUGGUGGCGGUGAGCUGCGGGCCACAACAGGCGCAGGAGACCAUCCGCACCGCCCUGGCCAUGGGAGCCGACCGCGGCAUCCACGUCGAGGUAUCUGGCAAGGACUACGACAACUUGGGACCGUUGCAGGUCUCUAAGAUCAUAGCUGCUUUGGCCAAGAAGGAGGAGGCUCAGCUUGUAAUACUUGGAAAACAGGCCAUCGAUGAUGACUGCAAUCAGACGGGACAAAUGACAGCAGCCCUCCUCGACUGGCCUCAGGGGACCUUUGCGUCAGAGGUGACGCUAGAAGGCGACAAGGUGAAAGUGGUGCGUGAGAUCGAUGGCGGCCUGGAAACCAUCAAGAUCAACACACCUGCCGUGGUCACCGCAGACCUCCGACUUAACACACCGCGCUACGCCACGCUGCCUAAUAUCAUGAAAGCCAAGAAGAAAAAAAUUGCCAACAUGAAGCCAGCCGAGCUGGGCGUGGAGCUGACGUCCCGGCUGGAGGUGCUGCAAGUGGACGAGCCUCCGCAGAGGCAGGCUGGCAUCAAAGUGGAGACUGUGGACGAUUUGGUGGGCAAACUCAAGGAGACGGGCAGCAUAUAACGUAGCCGGGAGGGUCUUUAAAAGCGUGUGGAGCUCAGAACACAGGAGCCAGGACAAGUACUGAGAAACACCAUCCUCCUGCACUGCUGCUGCAGAACCAUAUAACCUCCAUAUCUUGUUUUUUUUUUAGAUUUCACAUCUGUAUUAUAAACCAGAAAUUCACCUUAAGGCUCAGUACAGAAGCGUUAUGUUUUUAUCUGGUGAAUAAAAAUAAGGUACUAAACCUUUGCCUUUCCCACGCUUGCACAGUAAAUGAUUGUAAAUAUAGUAUACAGAGACGAGCAUGUCACAUAUGUAAGCAUUUUGUGCCGGAUUCCGGGACGGUCUCUCUCAGUACCAUCAGACUUUGAAAAUUUUACCACAAGCGCCUCAAUUGUACAUGAUCAUGACAAUAAAGAAACAUUUGUUUUCCAUUCUCAAAUACAACUGUGGUUGGUAUUUUCUGAUCAUUGCAAAGUGAGAACCCACGUCGGAUUUUGCAUUUGUCUCGAUGCAAAACAUAGUACGCACAUGGACAUUAAACCAUAUUUUAUUGAAUCAAAAUAAGGCAUUGUUAUCUGGAUUAUGUGUUUUAACAUGAUUAAAUUUAAAAAUGGCAGCACAUUUCGCUCCAGAAUUCCUUGACAGUCUUGAGAUUUCAUUGCCUCCUGCACGGAUUGCAGAGACCUUGUGCUAGAUUUAGCAAAGCAACUCCAAAACAGAACUUCCAGCAAUCUUUGUGACACCAGAGACCACAUUUUGCUCCAGAACCUCACGACAGAUUUGAAAAGUACUUGUGGCAUGCACUGAUUUGUGACACCCUGUGCCAAAUGCUGAAAAGCAGCCCCAGUGCAUAACAAUCUUGGCUCUGUGAGUGUCAAAUUUGCUGCAAGUUUGGCUGUAUCGUAUGCAGAAGGAGAUAAAAACUGAAACUGUACUGUGCAAGAUACAAUGAAAUUUAAAAUGUCCAGUAGGUCUACCACCUAUUUUUAUAUGCCCUGAUCCAAAACCUUAUUAAUCGCCGGUUGAAGGAGCUGAUACAUGCAAUCUGGAAAAGGCAUUAAAAAACUGACUAUUUUCAUGAGUGACCCGUAUGUU